UCCAAACAGAUUUUUACCCGACUAGCUCAGCCGGUGUAAUACUAUUAAAACAUAUUUAAAUUUUUCGGCCGCAGCACGGCCAACUAUUUUCAAAUUAUCCAAGUGUUCCUUAUUACAAAUACUGAAUCUGAUAAAAUCUAAUAAGAUGCUGAGCCCAGGCGCUGAUCCUGUAGCCUGUUCUGUGUGAGGGAUUCAGCCACAGGGAGGCGCAAAGUAAAGAAGAAAUUUUAAGAUUUGACUGCUCCUAAAUUGUGUUUUUCCAAUUAUGAUGGCAGAUGCAUUGGUGUAUUUGAAUAAAACACAGCAAGCACAGUAACGUAUGACCAAUCUUGGGUUUUUUCCAGCUCCCAAGGCAAAAAAAAAAAAGGAUAGUAAGACUAAAGGAUCGUCUGGCACAUUUCUACUGAGGUGAUUUAAAAAAAAAUUAAAUCUGUGACAUUACUUACACAGCCUAUUAAACCCUAAAGCAAACGAUUUUGUCCUAUAGCUAAUUAUCCACAGAAUACAAAAUUUUGAAUGAGUCAAUAGUCACAACUAUAAUGCAUUAUACUAGUAAAUUUGAUUUUAAAAAUAGUUGUGAAUUACUGUAAUACUAUGUAUUACAGUAGCAAUGACUAGAUGACUUGCAGUGUCACCUGUUCUCUGAAGCCAAAUUUAAUAUUGUGCUGGCUCCAGAGGCUGUCGGAUUAGCUGUGCAUCUCAAACUUGUUCCUGUCAGGAGCUGGGAUUUUCUGUCCUGCUGCAUUUUCUCAUGUCUGUGUUUGAAGACUUGGAAGGAACAGCAAUUCAAGGACCCUUAAGCAAGUAUUGUAUCUCAGCUUGGCAGUUCAAAACCAUAAACCUUCAAAGGACAGUGCUUACUUGUGAGGAAGACAGGAUCAUGCUCAGCUAGUACUUCAGCCUGCUAACUCAUUUAGGAAGCUCCUGCCUAAAGCAUUCCAGCCAUCAGAUUGCUGAAUAUUCAUUAUCCUUUCCUCACCUGUGCUGCAGGGCAGUAUGCUGACCUUGAGAGUUCCUGACCUUCAAUUCCUCUGAUAGAGCAUUCGAGGUCAAGUGCCAAGCUAUCAGUGGGGAUGGAGUAAAGCACCUUUAUCUGAGCCUUCACUGACACGGGACUCGGCCGUGACUCAGAGAGGGUGCAAAAGGCUUGUGCAGACUGAGAUUGUAGAUCUUCACCCAAAUCCACUCUGCCUGUGACAUCCUGCAGAUCACAAGGCCUCUCAGAGCUUAUGCCUUCAGGCUGACUUGAAACAACCAUUGCCAGCAGUGCAUGGUCCUGUUAGUGCCCAGUGCAGCUCCACGUGCUUCACGCUGCCCACCAUGCCAACCUCACCUGAAGACAAGGGACGAGCACAAGAGGCACAGCACAACAGUUCUCCUCCAGCCAAAGACACUAGAGCUGAAGGGACAACAUGCAGCACACCUUCUAUUGUUCUUCCAGAGAAUGCUGCUACACCAGAUUCAGAAAUUGAUAAAAAUCUGGUUAACAGGUCUCGUAGUCCUCAUAGGAGACAUUCUAACCGUACCAAUAGGAAUUCAACAAGUUCAUUGACUUCUGUUGACAACAGCGGGCACGUGAUCGACCUGGUAAAUGAUCAGCUACCAGAUGUCAAAAUAUCAGAGGAAGACAAGAAGAAGAACCUUGAGUUACUAGAAGAGGCAAAGAAAGUGAGUGAGAGGUUUCUGAUGCGCAGAGGCAGAAAGUCAAGGAGCAGCCUCCCAGAGUCACCCACGGCAGUUUCCCCUACUCUUAGUCCUAAAGUUUCACCAGUAGCAUCUCGGAGCAACUCUCUCACUCUUCCAGGGUCUGAUGCAUGCACAACCACUAGUACUGAGUCAGUAUCUCCAGGGCAGAAUAACAGAACUGUGAAAGAGGAUGACAGGCAAACUGCAGAGAAUGCUGCAAAAGGAUUAAUUGAUCGAAGGCAGAAUGAUCAAAGAAAGAUUUCUCAGGGAAGGUUGGUUCCUCGUUCUGCUGGUUUUGAAAACUCCAAAGAGAAGCUAUCUGACCAAAAAGAAAACUUUGAUCCACGUAAACAUAUGGAUACUUUACCCAAAUGCCCCCCUUCAGGUGGUGAUGGUGGCAGAAUGUCUCUUAAUACUUGCAUGAAUGUUUGUGAAAAUGAACUUGGAAAAUCAUUCCUCAAGAAAGGAAAAGAAAAUGAUGUUCCUUUAAGAACCCAUCUACCAGGACCAGGGAUAGGAAAUAUGGACUCAAAGCUAAAAAUGCCUGUUCCAGAAAUGAGGGACCAUAAAGUUUCAUGUAAACCAGAAUUUAAACUGUGUGGACUGCGUCCUCCUCUGCUACGGGCUGUGUCGUGGGACAGCUUGGAGCCUGGGCAGAAAGAGAAAACACCUUCAAAAUUACCAUCUGAGGAAGAUAAAAGCUUUGCUGGUAAUAAACCCAGCAAUCCGUUAAAAGCAUUCAAAGACCUUCAAAUCCAAGUUCAACCAGUUCGAAUGCAGAAGCUGACAAAGCUCAGAGAAGAGCAUAUUUUGAUGAGAAAUCAAAAUUUAGUUGGACUUAAACUUCCUGAACUUAGUGAAGCAGCUGAGCAGGAAAAAGGCCCUUCGCCUCUCCCUUCCCCCACUGAAGAGGAAGAGCCAAAGAAUAGCUCUGAUGUCAUGCCCAGCAUUCCUGAUGUAUUGCUGCGAAAACUCCGCGUGCACAAAUCGCUUCCAGGAAGCUCCCCUCCACUUACUGAAAAAGAAGUUGAGAAUGUAUUUGUACAACUUUCCUUGGCCUUUAGAAAUGAUAGUUACACGUUGGAAUCUCGAAUUAACCAAGCAGAGAGAGAGAGAAAUCUUACAGAAGAGAAUGCCGAGAAGGAACUGGAAAACUUUAAAGCAGCCAUUACGUCCUCAGCUCACCUGUGGCACCACUAUGAGCACAGGGAAGCUUACCAGAAGCUGCUGGAGGACAUCGCUGUCCUGCGGCGUUUGGCUGCCAGGCUGUCGAGUCGCGCCGAGAUGGUCGGAGCCGUUCGCCAGGAGAAACGCAUGUCAAAGGCAACAGAAGUAAUGAUGCAGUAUGUGGAAAAUCUGAAAAGAACAUAUGAAAAGGAUCAUGCUGAACUAAUGGAGUUCAAGAAACUUGCCAAUCAGAAUUCUAGCAGAAGCUAUGGUGCAUCUGAAGAUGGAGUGCCUCGUUCAUCUAGAUCCAUGUCUCUUACUGUUGGAAAGAAUAUGCCUCGGAGGAGAGUCAGUGUUGCAGUUGUUCCUAAGUUUAACUCCUUGAACAUUCCUGGUCAGUCACCAACAGCUUCACCUAUACCUUCAAUGCCAUCCCUGUCUGAAUCACCUAGUAAUGGAAGGAGCAGCCUAGCAUCUAGUCCUGCUCUGCCAGCACUUCUAGAAAAUGGAAAGUCUAAUGGAGAGCCUGACUGUGAAACCUCUACUUCUGUGCUGUCACAGAGCGGGUUGGAGGAGAUCAGCCCUGAAACUAAAGCCAAGAUAGAAGAGGAAGCAUAUAACAAAGGCUAUCAGGAAGGCUUGAAGAAAACCAAAGAACUUCAAGAACUGAAGGAAGAAGAUGAAGAGACACCCAAAGAAAGUCAUGAUGAACAUGAAGAAAGUGAAAAUGAAGAUGAGAUUAAAAACCUGAAAAGCAGCAGACUUGAAGUCAUCAUUAAUUAUUUAUAUAUACUGUACCCCAAACUGUGCAAACACUGGAACGUGGUAUGGCUUGUAGUGGCUGCAAUCAUCAUUUUUGCUGUGGUGUUGGGAAUCUACCAUUCCUACAACUCCUGCGAUGAGAAGUCAGAGGGAGCUGAAGGGAAGGCCAGCUGCUCUGCUGCCCACCAGUAUUCCUGGUGGAACUCAGGAUUUCGACAGGAGCAACGCACUGAAUAAUAAAGGAGCAACCAGGGAUUUCUGGUACCUGAGCAAGUUUGCAUAUUAGACCACUGUUGUUAAAGGUAGUGCUUAGUCACCCCUACGGCUGUCACACGUGAGCUGUCAGACAAGUGAGUUGCUCCACACCCCCAGGCCUGGGGAUGCAGGGUGAACACAUCUUGCCCAGAUGAAAAUCUGAUGAAUAAUCCUGUCAGCCCUCUUGUUGUAACUGACUGAUACAAAUAAAGUAUUGUGGAAUCGUGAUAAGGUUGUGGCAGUAAUGAGCAACCAGCAAAAUGUUGAAAAGAAUGAUUUGCACAGGACACUGAUGUUUUGAAGAAAAUCAUAAAACCUGCAUUUGCAGUUAGUGCUUUACUUGGCAUUUCCUGAAUUUAUUGUUGAUUGUUGAAGUACUAAUUGCAUUUAAGUCCUUUGGGGUUUAAGAGUCUAAUUAAUUUCCUUAUUCAUGAUUAUUGGGUAGAAAUAGAAGUUCUUCUAUGGAAGAAUCUAAUUAUAUUAUUAGACCAAAUGCCUUGCUGAUAGAGUAAUUUUAAGAGGAAUUAUCUGUAUGAUUAUUUAAAUGGAAUGUUAAGUACAUGCUUAAAUGUGUUUUAUGAUAUACUUUAAGAAUUGGACCACCACUGCUUUUUUAAAAAUGGAAUACUCAACCUAAAAUGGGGUCCAUGUGACAUCAUCAAAUAAAUCUGGGAACUUCUGAUAUAUCUAAGGGACAUCUUUGCAGAAAUUUCUGUAUGACACUCAGAGUCAGGGCUGGUUACAGCAAAAAGUAGUUGCUGUUUGGAAGGUUAGAUGAGCUGCCCAAGCCCAAAAUACAGCACUCUUGGACAUGGGAAUUCUUUAUUAAAAAAGAAACAAAGAAAACAAAAACUCUUCAAACAUCUAUGUACAGGUGAUCACACUUAGUGGACUCUGCCCUACUACUAAUACUGGAGAUAGAUAUUCUUUGAGGUCUGCAGCAGGAACACAGUUCUGCAACAGCCAGAACCCAACCAGUGCCUACGUGAAUCAGGACAGGGAAGCAGUGAGGACUUAAGAAAGCUCACUGUGUGUUUUUAGUAGUUCAUUUUCAGAACCUGAUGCCAGGUUUCCAAAUGAUCUGAUACACUUCCAAAGCUGAACUGCCAGGUCAUGAGAGAUUCAUCUCUUGCAGUUCUGCCUAUCUGGGAGUUGCGAGUUCUUACACAAGAAUGUGAAAGUCUGAAAUUCUUGGAUAAGCAAUUCCAAAAUGGUGAAGCCAUUAUCUGUAAAAACCCCACCACCUAGGGCUGAGACCAAAAUGUGUGUCACUGAGGGUGUACCUUAUGUACCUGCUGAAAGUCACUUCUGACUGAAGGUGAAUUGUGUCUUUCCUCAGCUAUAGCCACAAUAUCAAAAUCAGUGUGACACUUGAUUGCACUCAUAUCUUGCAUUCUUCUGGCAUUUCCUGGCUGAGAAGCAGGUCUGUUCACCAACUGAAGGAUAAGUGUGUUAUGAAGUACUGUAAUUUCAGUUCAGACACAGAUAAUACUGUCCUGUUUUCUUUUGGUGUAAACACUGAACCUCAAGCUAAUUAUCAAAGAAAACAGGUUCCUAACUCAGUCAGCAAUUUAAUUCACAUGUCUGGCACUAGUAACGAAUAUCCUGCUAGUGAAUUUUUGUUUGUUGCAUCUUUAGCCACGUGUUUCUUAGGAGACAUUUAUAGAAAAGAGAAAGAAAUUAAAAAUUUAAAAAAGCAGACCAUAACCACUUUUUUUUUAGGGGUGGUGGGGAAUGAGGAGUCUAUAAGCAGUUAGAAGGGAGGUUUUGUAUUUUAAAGUCUGUAUUAUUGAGGAAUAAUGUGCCUAAGGAAGUUCAAAAAGGAUAAUGGGAAAGUGUCAUUUGGUCUAAAAUUGUAAUUGGUAAAGAAUAAGACAGAAGAAGGUUUCUUGCAAAUUACUUGGAAUCUGUUUGGUUCAGUUAGAAUAUCUGACUGUGAAGAACUACUGUGAUAUUUCACAUACUUUCAGUAUUUGAAGAAACUUGUCAGUUGUUCUUUGAAUACUUCUUUAUUCAGCUUCUUUAACUUAAUAUUCUUUACAAAUAACAUGCUUAAUAAGGCAUUAAAAAUUGAAGGUAAAUAGUUCUGAACAUUCAGAAUUCUCUAUGCCAGAAAUUAUGGAGCAUAUUUGAUUAUGUGAUUGUGGACAUGGUGGGCUGCAUUGAAGAAAAAUAAUUAUCAGUGCCUAUAAUCGAAUUAAUUCACUUUUAUUUGCAUCUGCACUGAUGUGGGCCCACCAGCUUAUUUUAAGUACACAUAGAAACUUAUUGAUAUCAACAGGACUCUCAAACUGCUUAAUGUUAAGCAUGUUCUAAAGCUUUUUUGGUCAGUGGGUGAACAAAGUCUCCAUGCUCCCUUGAAAUUCAGCACACUGCCUUUUUGUGGAAUUAGUGCACCAGGGCCAAUUCCCAUGAGUAGUUGUACUGAUUUGAACUGAACUACUUGCAUGUCUAAGGCAAGUGUAAUUUUGCCACAAAGUUUUUGCUUGCUUUGGGGAAUCUACUGAAGGAGGCAAGAGAUUUUAAUGAGGGUGCAAAAAUGAAGAUAAAGUUUAUUUUUAAAAAAAUUCUUCUUUUUAUAAGUACUUUGAGCAAACUGUCCACUAAAAAUAACAAACCACAAUGACUAACAGCACAGUAAAUAGUUUUGCUUAUAUUUUUCAGUUAGUUAAUGAAAACACCUUUUUUAAUAAGAAUCUAGAUUAAGCUCAAAAACUAUUCUAAAUGUCAUUUUAUUUGUUGGAUGUUAGUUUGCUUUAUCUGGGAAAAAAAAACCAACAACCUCUUCUGUGUUCAAAGAUCACAUCAGAUAACAAGAAACAGAGCUAUUAUUUAUGCUAUUAACACUGAAAUAGUUUUCUUGAGGUGCAAUAUUUAUUUUUCUGCUUUAACGAGACACAUUUAUUGUUUUUCCUGCACAGCACAAAUGUUUCUAGUAAAAGGAAUUUCAAAAGGGCACUAUUUUUGUGUAUCAUAUUUAAAUUUGUAAUAUUGUAAGAUUUUGCACAAGUGUGCUGGUAUUGUACUGUAUAGUAUCACAUACUUGAGUUUUGAAAUAAAAGUAUGGUUUCAAGUCCUCAAUGUUGUUACCUUAAGGAUUUGGGGUUUGCCUGUGCUCUGUCUGCACAUUGAUGGCUGUGUUCUCAUGAAGCGUGUUACAUCUAUCAAGGAUCUUGUUCUUAGUUUUCCAGUUCUUGAGGAAAAUUAU